AUGAAGCGGUCCGUCAGCUCGCCAGAGCAGCCAACUCAGGCGAACCCCCAACAAGCCCUUGAGGCUAGACGCAAGGAAGGUCCACAGAGAGAAAACCCAAGGCUCUCGACAGCCCGUUAUUGGGCCCAGAAGGCGAAGUCCCUCGAUGAACCUGCAGAAGUGUCCUCCAAAAAGUGCUCCGUGAGCGAUUUGCUGAAUCCAUCGGAGGCGUUUAGACGGGAGAUGCCUGGCAAAACAGAAACCGCAGCCACCGGACCGCCUGCUCUCUCGAACGACGCCAUCGCCGACAUCCUCACAAAGACCAAACCGGAUUGUCCCCACGCGCAGGCCUGGAUCCAGGCACACGAGAUCCAGAAGGCGGAACAGCAACGCAAGGAGCGCACCGAGCUAAGGAAUAAAGUUGCACGCCGGGUUCGCGAUAAGGCCCGUAAGGCGGCGAAGAAGUCUGACGCAUCGAAGCGCGAGGUCAACGAGUUCCUGGGCGAACUGCCGAAAGAAGGGCAGACCGACACUGCGGAACAGAAACCUGCCGAUCCCAAGGAUGAUACCCCGGAGAUGAUCCUGAAACGGGUCGACUUGGCGCAUGAGAGACUGAAAAAGACCAUUGAAGAUUGCAAGAGAUCUAGAGAGCCCUAA